CCCUGCGGCUCGGGAGCCGAACUCGGAAGUUCCGGGCCGAGUUCCUGAUGCCAACGAGUCUUGCGAGGUGCGGUUAGACGCUGGGGACAUGGCAGCGCCUGGCCCAGCGCUCUGCCUCUUCGACGUGGAUGGGACCCUCACCGCUCCGCGGCAGAAAAUUACCAAAGAAAUGGAUGACUUCCUGCAGAAAUUGAGGCAGAAGAUCAAAAUCGGAGUGGUAGGCGGUUCGGACUUUGAGAAAGUGCAGGAGCAACUGGGAAAUGAUGGUAAAUGAGAGGUUGCUAAUUACAUCUACUGUUUUGAAAAUGCUCCUGCUGAAUCAAAUAACUCAAGUAUUUUCUUCAUCUAGAAUAUUCAAAGUCAUCUGGGUGAGGCCCUAAUCCAAGAUUUAAUCAACUACUGUCUGAGCUACAUUGCGAAAAUUAAACUCCCGAAGAAGAGGGGUACCUUCAUUGAAUUCCGGAAUGGGAUGUUAAACGUGUCGCCAAUUGGAAGAAGCUGCAGCCAAGAAGAACGCAUUGAGUUCUAUGAACUCGAUAAAAAGGAAAAUAUAAGACAAAAGUUUGUAGCAGAUCUACGGAAAGAGUUUGCAGGAAAAGGCCUCACGUUUUCCAUAGGAGGCCAGAUCAGCUUUGAUGUCUUUCCUGAUGGAUGGGACAAGAGGUAUUGCCUGCGACAUGUGGAAAAUGACGGUUAUAAGACCAUUUAUUUCUUUGGAGACAAAACCAUGCCAGGUGGCAAUGACCAUGAGAUCUUCACAGACCCCAGGACCGUGGGCUACUCCGUGACAGCGCCUGAGGACACAUGCAGGAUCUGUGAAGAGCUCUUCUCCUAACGCGGGAACAGGAGGGUAGGGUCCUGGCUGAGAAGCCAGCAUGGGGCAUUUGGUGGCCAGAGCUGAGGGUCCUCCCACACGUGCUCACCCACCCGCAGCCCAACCAGGCUCUGCAUCCUUUGCCAGGCACAUGCAGUCUGGACCUCCACCCCUGGCAUGCCUUGCCUCCAUCUCCAGUGCCAGAAGCUUCCAGAAGGAAGGAGAAAACUAUUGUCAAGAAUGGUUCAGAGGAAUACCUCCCACAAAAGGUCUUCCCCACCCACCCUCAGCCCCCUAAUCUAACACCCUGAUACGUGCAAUCAUGUGGUUUUGGCGGAAAUUUCCCCAUAAUUCUAGGAUGAUACAGAAAGAAAAAAUGUGCCUGGGCCCUCCCUCUUGGUGGGUCUGUGGAAUCGUAAGCGGUUUUUUAAUGGACCCCUGCAUCAGCACCAACAGUGGGGGUUUGGUAAUGAGAAACAAUGACAGGCCAUCUGCAGUGACCCACCCCAGGACGAAAUUGACAAACACCUGGAACGAAGCUCCCGCCUGCAUGUCACCUUGAUGGGGACUGUGAGCAGGACAGUGUUAUGCCCAGUGACUAGACGCACUCUGCGUUUUCCCGUGUGAGGCUGAGGCCUGCUGGACAGAUGGCUGGCCGAGUGGGAGCAGACCCUAGGGAGUUUGCACCUCAGCUGGGCCGGA